CAAAGAUGCAAUCAGUAUCGUUUGAUUCCUCGUUUGAAAUAUGUACCGUUGAUGAUGAUGAGUAUUCCUCGAUUGAAGGUGAAAAACAAGGACGACCCUCAAGCGCGCGAGGCCAGCUCUUCUGGGAAAGUCGACUGUACCAUAAAUCGUAUUUUACCAGAGAAACCGAUAAUAAUAAAUUCAAAUACUAUGAUAGCAGCAACAUAUUUAUAUUUCUGUUGUUUCAAUGGGUUCGUAAAUGGUGUAGGUUUGUUUCCUUGGAUUACGUCAAGCCGUAUAAAUUACACCCAUUGCCAGUUAAAGAUCAAAUCCUCUAUUGGCAGCCGAUCUUCUCUAAACGUGUAAGUGAUGGGAUAGUGAGGCUAGAAACCCGAAAAUCAAAGAAGAAGGGAACGAAAUCGAAGCCUUACACGUCAAUCCUUCUGCGUGCCCUGUUCCUAACUUUCUUCAAGAGAACUUUUUUUGGGCUCUUUGGUAUCGUUGCCGUAAAUGUUUUUAGUAUGAGUAUCGCAAUUGUGGUUAACAUUUACCUGAAAAGAUUACAUGAAAAAAAGUUCGAUUUUACAAAAUGUGCAUUAUUUGUACUUGCAAUAACAUCCAUGCAAUUUGUAGACGGAUUCUGCUUCGACCAUCUGUUGUUUUACAUGUAUAGACUUGUCCACAUUGUACAUUAUUGUGUGUCAAUCACUGUUUUCCAACAUGGCCUGUGUUAUAGAAGAAAGUUCUUCAAUAACGUCAAGGGCUCCAAUGUUUUAAACGUUUGUAACUCGGUGCUGCAUAGUUGCUCACCUGAGUCCAAAUGCUCCGAAAACCCUUUGUAUUGCCCUGCCAGGCGAUUUCAAAACAGUGAUAUUACUCCGAGGAUGUUUUCAUUUGAAUUUAUCGACUCCUACUACAUUUCGCUCUUCUUCGACUCGCUAAUUUCCGUAAUCCAGUUCCUGACAAAUUGUAUCUACGGCUUUCUUCUGAUUAAAUUUUACAUAUCCCUAAGAAUUUUCCUCCUAACCAUGGCGGUUGUCCUCUUCAUUGCUUCGACUUUACUGCUAGAGGUUAUCAACACCUUCAUAUUAAAUUACAUCUACUCAUUCAAAGAUUACAGAAUCACCCAGUGCAGGGACAUAAUUUGCUCCUUCUUUAUCAUCGUUAAAAUGUCAAUGGAGUCAAUCGCACAUAAUAUUAUAACUGAGACCAGAAAUGCAGAGCUCAGUUUAAUUGUUUUAAGGUUGCUACUGUCAUUUGCCAACAAGAUUUUCUUCACUUUAUCUGUAUCAAUGAUGUUUUUGUUCAUUCUCAACGACUUCGUCGAUGAUUUAAAAAAAACAAAUGACAUAACCAAAAUCAAAUGUGUAGAUCUUUUGACCAUGCUUUAUAUUUUAUUGAAGAUUAUUUUCUCAAUAUCACUAUUCCCGUACGGCGUGAAGCAGAUGUUCACAUCAAUCGUGUCACUGAAGAGGAUCGGUGAGUUUAUUGUUAACUGCUCGCCCAACUUUUACAUCAGCGAUAACAAGUUCACCGGCUCAACUGAAAUGGCCAAUGACGUGGUUAAUUCCACCGGCCAGCUUGAUAAAGAUGUCGUCGUACUAUACAAAAACGCCUCAUUCACGUGGGUCAACAGCAGGAAGGAUCUUCAGAACUUAAAGUUUCAGCCAUAUCUAAAAAACAUUAACUUCCAGCUAAAGAGAGGUGAAAUUGCAAUAAUUACAGGCCCUCAGGGUUGUGGUAAAUCUAAUUUCAUCAGGUCAGUGCUCGGUGAGAUGACACUGAUUGAUGGUUCAAUGGCAGUAGUACCCCUACACACAUCAAUGCCUAUAUUCUUUGCUUCACAAGAAAUAUGGCUACAACAGGGAACCAUCAGGUCAAACAUCACCUUUGGACACAGAUUCGAUGAAGUUUUAUACAAAUCUGUUCUAAAAGCUGUUGAGCUGGAAACAGAUAUAUCCUCAUGGGAUAGAGGUGAUCUCAGGGUGGUUUCGAAUUAUGCCUUUUGCCUAAGUGGUGGUCAGAGGGUUAGGAUUGAGAUGGCUAGAGCUAUUUAUGCAUAUCUUGUGUUCAGUAAGGUUAACAAGGAGUAUACCAGAAAUCAGUGCUCAUUCCUGAUGUGCCUGGAUUCACCGUUCCAUGGAUUGGAUCCCUACGUAUCACGGACAGUGUUCAACAACCUGCUUAACCUGAAGUCAGGCCUCCUUGUAAAAGAUGAUUUAUCACUUAUCAUAACAUCGUCUUUGUUGGAAAUUGAAAAGUGCAUUAAGACUUCAGAAUUAAACAAGUUCCCAAAGAUCCCUAUAUACCAUAUUUACAACAUGACCAUGACAUUGUACCACGAUCUCAAGGACUACUCUGAGAUGGUAAAAGACGAGUUUGGCAGUUCCAGUUCUCACCUAGAUGCUACUCCUAGAACUCCAGCAGACUAUGAAUCUGACUCCACCUUGUUCUCGUUCACGCACUUGAUUGAAAAGGCGAGCGCGGACAUCAAUGAAAGUGAAAUAAGGCAUAACUUAACAAUCAACAACUAUAAUAGAACUGAGUCGACAAUCUGCUCAACGUCAAACAGUGGAUUUAAGCCUUAUGGUAUUUACUUUUCAGCGGCAGGCGCUUUCUUUAUAUUCUUCUUAUCCCUGACGUUUGCGGCGACUAUCAUGGAUAACCUCAAGUUCAUAUUCGCCUCGGAGCUGGCAGACUACAUCAGGGAACGUGUUGAGUUUAAAGGCACGCCUCAUGAAAUGAUGAAUAGAUUUGCAGACAUUCAGUCUCACAGUGACAAAUCCCUAAAGGCGAUUAGUUUAUUUACAGUUUGCGUAAUUGGGGUUUGUUCUGCAGGCACCAUAUUUUUAGUCAUUUCUUGCGUAAAAUCAUCCCGUAAAAUCCACGAGUACUGUAUCAAUUCGAUCUUUACAAACAGCUCCGCAGUCGUUAAGAUAAAGAGGAAGAUCAGCCAGCUGAUAACGUAUUUGUCCUCGGACAUUUUCCAAAUUGAUGAAAGUAUCGGCUACGCCAUGUCCACGGCACUGGUUUCACUGGUUGAAUCCUUGAUUCACGUUUUAACCCUGUGCUACUUGAUUCCCUUCUCAACUCCCGUGAUUGUUGUUGUCGUUUUUGUGAUAAUUAAGUUUGUUUUCAUCCGCUACGUUAACGCCUCCAAGAACCUGCAACUCUCAUCGCUGGAGUCCACGGCACACAUCAACUCGGUUUGUGAAAACGCCAUUUCAGGUUCCGAAGCCCACAGGUGUUUUAAGAAGGAGUGGAAGUUUAUGGAUGAUAUUAUUGAGCACACAGACUACUACAUGCGGUGUCUGUUUUUGAACAAGUCUGUGCUCACCAGGUCAUCAAUAAUAGCCAAGGGUUUAUUUUCCCUGAUAAAUCUUGUCUUGUUAAUACCGUUAAUAAGGUUUAAGUUUCACGAAGUUAAAAUUCAAGUUGGUAUUUACGGUUUAGCCAUUUCACUGAGCAUGAUUGUCAGUUACGCGUUUACUAACUUUAUGGUGUCCUUUGGCAGGCUGGAGGUUUUAAUGUGCUCCAUGAAGCGCUUUGAAAGCUUUGUUCCUCUAAAUACCAAGUGCCGGUUUGAAAAGAAGCGAAAUGUCAGGAAGGAAGAUUUCAUUGUUAACUACUCUAAGGACUCCCUUAACUCCAUGAUCACCAACGAAUUUAAAUACUACCUUUACAAGAGAAGAGUUAACGAGUAUAAGAAAAAGAAUUCCUGCUUUUCACUCAACACUGUUUUAAAUCCUCCUAAACUGGUUAUUUUGGACAUUGCAACGGUCCUUCCAAUUACUCACACUGGUUUAGAGAUAAAAAAGAUGUAUGUUGAUGCUUCCGAGUCUAAUUCCCGGGUCCCUAACCACAUCUUGAAGGACAUAAACGCAUCUGCUUCCGCUUCUGACAUUAUUGGUAUCAUUGGCAGGACUGGAUCGGGUAAGACCACCCUGCUUUCUGUUAUUCAAAACACUGUGGGCAACAGGACCGGUCAAGUCCUGUUGGAUGGCAAGGAUCUGAAUGAUAUUCCUAGGCACAUUUUGGGUCAGAUUAUCGGUGUUCUUCCUCAACUACCAUUUGUUUUCAAGGGUUGGACCAUUCGUAGGUUCUUGGAUCCUAGGAAAUUAUUCACUGAUGAUGAGAUUAACCAAGCCCUGGAUAGCUGUGGCCUCCUCGAGUUUGUUAAUCGCCUACCUGGUAACCUAAAGCUGGACACUGUUAUUAUCAAGGAAUCCUUCACGAUUACUAAAAGGACCGUAAUAAAUAAAGAGCCUGAGGUGGCCAAAAAGAGAGCCAGUGCUUACAGGAGAUCUCUGACUGUUCAUGACCUUAAGAAUUACUACGCUGAUAGUGAUAUGAUUCUAUCCAGUAGUCAGCUCAGGACACUCUCCUUUGCUAGACUAGUUUUAUACAAGAAGUUCUACAGAAUUAUACUUGUUGAUGAGCCCCCGUCUGAAAACUGUUCAGAUAGUGACGGUCAGGAGCAAUCACUGGAUAAAGAAAUUGGUAUCCCGAUUUAUGAACUUCUGAAGGAUCAUUUCUGUCAUUGCACGACUUUUGUAACUGCACAUGAUGCGAACGCGCUUGUUUUAUGUACCUCCGUGUGGGUUAUGCACAACGGGUACCUAAUUCGGAUCUGUGAUAGGGAAGAUAUAUCCCUGAAUGAGUCAAUCUCUAAUAUAAUCGAAGAAAGUGUUAGGAGAAAGAGCUUAAACAAAUGAAGUAAAUUAUAAAAAUAUUUAACCAAAUGCAGUACACUCUAAAUACGAGUCAAAUUCUCAUGGGAAAAUCCAUUUAAUUUCUAAUGGUUUAAUCUUAU